AGUGUGCACUGUGAGGCAGGACCACACCGAAGCCAUUUUAUUAUUAUAACAGCCAAGCUGCAGCUGCGUCUGUGUAUUUAUUUUUUAAAACAUUUACAUUUUCAGUUUGAGAGCUCACGGCACCAUGGGGCAGUGUGGAAUUACGUCAUCCAAAACCGUCUUGGUUUUUCUCAAUCUCAUAUUUUGGGCUGCCGCUGGAAUUUUAUGCUACAUCGGAGCCUACGUGUUCAUCACAUAUGACGACUAUGACCACUUCUUUGAAGACGUGUACACUUUGAUUCCUGCUGUCAUAAUCAUAGCUGUCGGCACUCUCCUCUUUAUUAUCGGCUUGAUUGGCUGCUGUGCAACUAUACGUGAAAGCUCCUGUGGACUGGCAACUUUUGCUGCCAUUCUCCUGCUGGUGUUUGUAACAGAGUGUGUUGUGGUGGUGCUGGGCUACACAUACAGGGCAAAGGUGGAAGAUGAGGUGAAUCACUCCAUCCAGAAGGUUUACAAUGAAUACAACGGCACCAACACUGACGCUCCCAGCCGUGCUAUUGACUAUGUUCAGAAGCAGCUUCACUGCUGUGGUAUCCACAACUACUCUGACUGGAGGAACACACGCUGGUUUAAAGAAUCCAAGAACAACAGUGUCCCAGUGAGCUGCUGCCAGCCCAGCAUCAGUAACUGUAGUGGCACUCUCACUCGACCAGCAGAUCUCUACCAAGAGGGCUGUGAAGCUCUUGUUGUGAAGAAGUUAAAGGAGAUCAUGAUGUACGUCAUAUGGGCUGCACUGACUUUUGCAUCCAUACAGAUGCUGGGGAUGCUCUGUGCCUGUGUGGUGCUGUGCAGGAGAAGUCAUGACCCGGCGUACGAGCUGCUGGUAACAACCAACAGCUAUGCAUGAGGGGCACACCAGAGCACUGAGAGAAAUCCAGAGGAGAAUCACCGGACAUGUCCACAGUAGAUUUCAGCUGUAGUUAUAUAAAGUCAAGCACAUCUUGCACAAUUCAUGAUAAAGUAGUGAACACUGAUGACAUGAUUUUGGGCGGGUGGGGGGGCUUCAAAGGGAAAACAUUUAUUUAUGACACGCUUUGUGAGUUACUGUUACUUUAAUUGUUCUUUUUCAUCCAAAUAAUGGAAUAUUUAUUGAAGCCAAAGCUGUAAAUGGCUAAUUGACACUUCUAAUGCAGAUUUUUUUUCUUUUAAUUGUAGCUUCAGAACAUUUUCUCUUCAGUGACCAUGGUGAGAAAUAAUAGGGAGCAAAUGUGUGAAAUAAUGGAGGAGAAUUUUGUAUGGAAUGUGUUUCCUUGUGUGCUGGUUUGCACUGUGGCUGGAGCUCUGGGGAUACUUCAUGGAUGUUUAACUGGAAAAAUCUGCGCUAUUAAGAACAUGAACACUUAAUUUCUUAGAACCUGGUGUGAUUGGACUUUGUAAAAAUGGAGUAACAUUUCACCAUUGAAUGAACAGAUUCAGUGUAUUUCAGAGAUUUGUUUGUGGAGCAGCUCUGCGUUUGCUCUCUCUAAGCCAUGUUUGGUAUUAAGAGUACUUCAUUUUUACAAAUAUUCAGGUUGUGAAUAAUGUACAUUCUGUUUGGUGUCUUUGUUCUCAGAAUCAGGCUUCAGUAGUGAGGCAUUGCCAAUGUAUAAAUUGUGAAUGACCCUUUUAGUCUCCAGUGUUAUUAGUAGGAGUAUUAUCAGUGUUACAUGAAGACAAGUGUUUGUAGAUACAGUUACGGUCAGAGGAUUCCUCCCGUUUAGUUUGUGAGUUCAACAACCUGCUCGAAAGAAUCAUGACCUGUUAUUUUAUACAUUUUAUGUGAAAUUGUGCACUUUUUAAUAUUUAUGAGCUGUUUGGUUAACCCCUAGAUACUUAGCUAGAGCCACAGGAAAAAAAAGAGAUGACAAACAAAAUUGUGAAAACGCAGGAGUCAAUAAACUCAUACAUUUGAA